UUCAUUUUAGUUUAGCGGCGUUGUGUGUAUGGAGAGUACAGUCUACAGUCACUCCGCGCUGGAUUACUAUAAGUGAACUGAACUUUAUGAAAUAUCUGUUGAAUUUGUCUGUUUUUUAUUUUAUUUACUGUUUAUCUAGUUUCAUUUAAGCCAUGUCAGACACAUGGAGUCACAUCCAGGCGCACAAAAAGCAGCUGGAUUCCCUGCGAGAGAGGCUGCAGAGGAGAAGAAAAGACACAACUCAACUGGGCAUCGAGAUUGGAGGUGUUGAGGGUGGGUCCGCAAGGAGCGACAGCCCUGGACCGGCGCUUCAGAGUCCUCCGCAAGUGGAAGUUGAGCAGCCUCCAGACCCGGAAAUAGAGAAGAAGCUGCUGGGAUACCUGUCUGAACUGAGUCUUUCUCUCCCAAUUGAUUCCCUAGCUAUCACCAACCAGCUAAACACAUCUGAGUCUGCAGUUUCCCAUGUUUGCAUUCAAAGUCUCCUCCUCAAAUUUUCUGCCCAAGAACUUAUUGAAGUUCGGCAGCCAUCCAUCACUGCCUCCUCGUCCUCUUCCUCCUCCACCCUUGUCACUUCAGUCGACCACACCAAACUGUGGGCUAUGAUUGGCAGCACAGCCCAGCCACAGAAAACUGCCAUUAAAAGAAAAGGAGAUGAAAUCAUCCAUCAAAAAAGAGCCCCAGGCUCCUCCCCUUUGCUUCAAGCACCAUCUUCACCUCCUAAAAAAUCCUCUGCUUCACUGGGUCCUGCCUCGAACUCGCAGCUUCCUGGAUCCUCUGGGGUUGGAGGGGGCGGGCCUGAGAAAAAAGGCCGGAGCAGCAAGGUGCAAGCAUCUCAUCUGGACAUGGAGAUUGAGAGUCUACUGAGCCAGCAGUCCACUAAGGAACAGCAAAGCAAAAAGGUGAGCCAAGAGAUCCUAGAGCUGUUAAACACCAGUUCGGCAAAGGAACAGUCGAUUGUGGAGAAGUUUCGCUCACGAGGCAGAGCUCAAGUACAGGAGUUCUGUGAUCAUGGGACGAAAGAAGAGUGUGUGCAGUCGGGGGACACUCCUCAGCCCUGCACCAAGUUGCACUUCAGGCGAAUCAUCAACAAACACACAGACGAGAGCCUUGGCGACUGCUCCUUUCUGAAUACUUGUUUCCACAUGGACACUUGUAAAUAUGUGCACUAUGAGAUUGACAGCCCUCCUGAAGCAGAGGGUGACACAUUGGGGCCCCAGGCAGGGGCCACUGAGCUUGGACUGCACUCCACUGUGGAAGACAGCAACGUUGGCAAGUUGUUUCCUUCACAGUGGAUUUGCUGUGACAUCCGUUAUCUGGAUGAGUCCAUCCUGGGGAAGUUUGCAGUGGUGAUGGCCGACCCGCCGUGGGACAUUCACAUGGAGCUUCCAUAUGGAACACUCACAGACGACGAGAUGAGGAAACUCAACAUUCCUAUUCUGCAGGAUGACGGUUUCCUCUUCCUCUGGGUGACAGGAAGAGCUAUGGAGCUGGGCAGAGAGUGUCUAAGCUUAUGGGGCUAUGAGCGUGUCGAUGAGAUUAUCUGGGUAAAGACUAACCAGCUUCAGAGAAUCAUUCGUACUGGAAGGACUGGACUAUAGUG